AUGUCAUGCUGGCCUUCAAUCACAGAAUGGGCUUCACUCAAUGACACUAUCUCAGGCCGUCUUAUAAAAACGACGCCUGUGGCAUCUGUCUGCUACCCUUCCGAACCUACUUUCGACGCCGAGGCCUGUCAAACUGUCCGGUCCAACUGGACUACUUGGCCGUUUCAUUCGGCAAACCCAACGAGCGUCGGUGAUCCUUCUUUGGACAAUGCAUGUAGUCCAAUCUUUUCCAAUGGCACCAGCGUCUCUGGUAACUCAAAAGCGGCGAAGCAAGGAUGUUCGCUAGGCAAUUACCCUCCAUACGUGGUCAAUGCAACAGGGGCCGACGAUGUCCAAGCCGCUGUUGCUUUCGCCAAAAAAUGGCACUUGCGGCUAAACAUCAAGAAUACAGGACAUAGCGGCGAGAGAAGAAUCUGGACACAUAACAUCAAAGACAUCCAGUAUCACGAAAGAUUUACGCCACAGACUUGUUCGAACAACAAAACGGGUAUGGCAGCUACUCUGGGUGCUGGUGUCCAAGAUGGCGAGUUGUUUGCAGCUAUGGCAAAACACAAUGCUAUUGCUGUUGGUGGACAAAACAAUGAUGUUGGAGUUGUUGGUUGGGCUACUGGUGGUGGCCACGGUCUUGCAACUGGUGUGUACGGUAUGGGUGCCGAUAAUAUCAUCGAGGCAGUGAUCGUGACACCGAGCGGCGAAGUCCUCAACGUUAAUGAUUGCCAAAAUGAAGAUCUCUUUUGGGCGAUUCGUGGUGGGGGUGGAGGUACUUUUGGAAUCAUCAUUAGUGUCACGGUCAAGGCGUAUAAGAUGCCAUCAACUAUGCUGAUGGGGAUCGAUGUAUCCCCCAAGGAUAAUACAUCCACCAAGGAUUGGUAUAGCCUUGUUGCACGGAUGCAUGGCGAGUUCCCCCAGUUGCAGAAUUCUGGAGUUCAUGGGUAUUAUACCUUGUCGAGCUCACCGAUGUCAUUCAAUGUUGCUUUACUGCAGUACAACGCAGGUAACAAGACAUCUGACACACUUCUGAUUCCCAUGCGAAAACUCCUGAGUGCAGCAAACGCGACAGUCAGUGCCAAUUUUACUGAACAGUGGGCAUCGUCUUGGUAUGACCUUGUAAAGAACAUACCGCUGUACGGAAGCACGGGGAAAGUGCACAGCACUCGGUCGUCACGAUUCAUCCCAAGGCGAGCAAUGAAGGACACCGAAUCACUGGCGAAAGCUCUUGAGGCAAUAAUGGCCCCAGAUUCUCUUUCAGGAAGAGGAGUAACUGAUCCAUCUGUCUCUGGCACCAUGACAGCGAGCGUAACCCCUGUUGACAAUGCUUUGAAUCCAGCCUGGCGCGAUUCAAGCGUUCAUAUUAUCACAACUCAAACAUGGGACGAUACACUUCCCCAUGAUCUGAGGGAGAAGGCCAUCCACGAUAUGACUUACAAGAGAGGGCAUGCACUACGACAACUGGCACCUGAUACUGGUGCUUACUUCAAUGAAGCAAACUCGUACGAGCCAAACUGGCAGUGGUCUUUCUGGGGACUUAACUAUCCACGUCUUCACACAAUCAAGCAAAAAUAUGACCCAGAGGGCAUUCUCUGGUGUCAUAAAUGCGUUGGUAGUGAGACCUGGACUCAGCAAGAAAACGGUACCCUUUGCCGUGCUCUUUGA